CUGUAGAGCGUAUUCUUAUAACGCGCUGUUAAUAAUAUUCCACAAAUAUAUGAUAGAUUAGUUUUUUUUUACAUUCAUAAAAAAAAAAAAAUAUAUUUUCUUUAUUUACAUAUGUAGUUACCUAUAGUUAUAAAUACUUUUGUCCUAUUUUGCUUCAGACAUGACGGAACUCAAUUUUAGUAUAGACGAGGAACUUUUUUACAAGCAAGUGUAUUCCGAUUAUGGGAAAACCAAAGAGGAUACAGCAGCAUAUGUCGACAUACUAAAGAAAUGGGUUGUCACACAAAAACACUUGCCAGAAACGCCACCUGAAAAGGCGAUGAUAUUUGUUUUAAUGGUAACGAAGUUCAGUAUAGAAAAAGCAAAAAAGAAUAUAGACAUGUACUAUACAAUUAGAGGACUUAUACCAGAAAUGUUUUCAAAACACCCUUCCUCUCCCGAAAUGAUCUUACAAAGUAAAAUAAUCUACGUUGUUCCGCUACCAAAGCCUACCGCAAAUCUUCAAAGGAUCAUCUACGUUUCUAUAAACCCGGACUAUGCUGCUGAGAAAUUCGACCAUGCAACAUUGGAUGCGCAGUUCAACAACGUGAUUGAAUUGCUGAUCCAGGAAGAUAGAUGUUAUAAUUUUCAUGUGAUAUAUGACGUCCUUAACGCGAAAAUGGCUCACAUUCCCAGGUUUAGUCCUAUGCAAGUAAAGAAAAUGAUAAUUGUUCUUGAGAAAGUUUAUUCAAACCGCGUUGCAUCAAUUUCUGUAGUUAAUUUCCACCCUUUUCUGGAAACUGUGGCAAAUAACUUAUUUGUACCAUUUUUAAGUUCUAAACUUAAACGCAGGCUAAAGUUCUAUAACAACUCUGAAAUACUUUUAGAGAUUUUUGGCAAAUCAUGGAUGCCAAAAGAUAUUGGUGGAGAAGAAAAAUCGUUAGCAGAACUAACUGCAAUGGAAGCGUUAAAACUGGAAAUAAACGAAGACAAAUUGUACAGCAAAGUAUACGAGGAGUUUCAGAAAACGAAAGAGGACGUGCUAGAGUAUAUAAACCUAAUUCAAGAAUGGUGCAAACUGCAAGCCCAUUGGCCAGAAAUGCCUUCAAUCAAUGGCACUAGAUUUUCCAUUGUGUCAUGCAAAUUCAGCAUAGAAAAAGCCAAAGAAAAAUUAGAAAUGUAUUACACUAUUAGGCGACUCAUGCCCGAGGUGUUUGCGACGCAUCCUCUUUCGCCUGAGAUUUUAAAACAUUCCAAGGUUAUCUAUUGUAUUCCAUUACCAAAAAUCACAAACAGCGUCCACCGAGUAAUUUACGUGCAGGUCAAUCCAGAAUACGGAUCUGAACAUUUCAGUAGUCAUCUAUUUUUUGUACAGUUGACUCACGUUAUAGAAGUGUGUCUUCAAGAAGAUAGUUGCUACAAUUUUGAAAUGGUCCUUGACUUCAUAGGAGCUAAAUUGUCACAUGCGCAAAAAAUAAGCCCCAUGGUUCUAAAGAAAAUGGCAAUUGUUUUGGAAAAAGUAUAUGCCAACAGAAAUGCAGCAAUCUAUUUGGUUAAUAUGCAUUCUUUUGUGGAAAAUGUCCUCAAUAAUGUAUGUAAACCAUUACUCCCCAAGAAAAUAAGUGAGAGGAUGAAAGCCUUGUCAAAUAUUGAAGAUCUUCAAAACUUCAUCAGCAAGUCCAUUUUGCCUAAAGAUGUUGGAGGUGAAGAGCAUUCUUUGGCAGAAUUACAAGUUAUGAUGACUAAAAAAUUUCAAGAAUUUAAGCCAAGGUUUGAUAAAAUCCAAUUUAUGACCGUUGAUGAAUCAAAGAGGCCAGAAAAGCUAAUAAACGACGAUAUUUUGGGAUUUUACGGCAGCUUCCGUCAAAUAAAUGUUGAUUGAGUUUUAUAUAUUACUUAAAUAGAAAAACUUUUUUAUAGGUUUUCCUAAUAUAAGUUAUAAGCAAAUAUGGGCCGCAUAAUGAAUUAUUCAAUAUACUUGUAUUUAUAAAAAAUUGAUACACCUAGUUCGA